ACCGAGCACAAAGCUACGUUCGUUAGAAGUUUCAGUGUUACGUUGGGCAUUCACCGUGACCGUCAACCGCGGUGAUGCAUUAAUCUCUUUCGUCUGUCGCAGUGAAUGACGGCCACAACAUGUGUAUUUUGGGAAUUUUUCAUACAAAAUGUAUAUUUUGGAUAUUUGUUUUAAAAACAUAUGUAUUUUGGGCUUUUUUCGGAAAGAAGAAAGAGAAUGAGGCUGAGAAAGAACAAGCCUUCUACAUCGAUGUCGAAAUUCCUUUCCUUUCUUAGGUAUUGUAAUGUACGAGCCAUCAAAAUUUGUUUCAAUUAACCAAUUAUCGAGUGCAGAACCUAUACCUAACAGUGAACGAGGCACCGAGGGCGACGAUGGAUGAAUGGCAGAAGGCAGUUAUGAGAGAAGCGUUUGGCGGUUCAUCGGCAAGUGAAGAAGAGGAAGAAGCAAUAACAGAGGACGAAGCGAGAGGUGGAAGCGGCGAUAGAUCGAAGCGCCUGGCUCCAAUCUGGGAGCCAGUCGUCGAAAUCAGAGGGCUAUGGCUGUGCAGAGACUUCCUGUCUCCCCAGCAACAGUCGCGCCUCCUUUCCGCCCUCCUCCGCGAAGGAUGGCUCGGUGAAGGUUCUAACAAUCAGGCUAUGAGGUUUGGGAAUCUUCCAUGCUGGGCAACUGAGCUUUGUAAUUCUGUACGCGACGCGGUGGUUCUGGCGGAAGAGGCGGCUGCAGGAGGUAGGCUGCUGCCGCCAGACAUUCUGUGGAGACAGCCACUGUUUGAUCAGUUCAUUGCAAAUGUGUACCAGCCAGUUGAGGGAAUCUGUGCACAUGUUGAUCUGAUGCGUUUUGAAGACGGAAUUGCUAUCGUCUCUCUGGAAUCGUCGUGUGUGAUGCAUUUCAGCAAUGUAGAACACGAAGAGGGUAGGGAGGACGCGGAGGAAGAGGAUGAAGAGAGGGGGAAGGUUGGAAAGGUUCCUGUCUACUUGCCUCCAGGAUCUCUGGUUCUGUUAUCUGGAGAUGCACGCUACAGUUGGAAGCAUGAGAUCAAUCGGGAACCAGGCUCUCAGUUCUGGGAAGGGAAGGAGUUGAAUCAGAAACAGAGAACCUCUAUAACCUUGAGAAAGUUGUGUCCUGUAGACUAGCAUGCAAGAUUGUGACCUGUGAAUUUUAAGAAGUUUAGUAAGUUUACAAAGUCACUGUGAAACUCUGCAGGGUUGUUACCUGUUAUUAACUUAUACUAUUUGUAGGUUAUUAAACUCUAGUUAUGACUUCAUUGGGUGUGUGUUCUUACAUGCUGAUAUGAAUAACGUGGAGAAGAAAUUUAAUGGUGAUGAUGAACGAAUCCACUGUUUUCGCAAGUUAAUCCGAAUUUCACAAGCUAAAUCGGUGAAAAUGAAAGAUCAGCCAUCGA